ACUUGUUUACAGCCACUGGAACCAUCUAAUCUGUGUGGUUGAGCUUUUAUUUGACAUGUGCAAGGAGAGCUAAUCGCUCUGUGGUCAGAUGGAGAGACAUGGAUGGCUUCCCAGAUGCUGAUUCUGGUCCACGGCUUCAGGCAGAUGAUUAUUGAAAGAAGGAUGUUGUUCUCUCGUAGCUGUUCUCUACUGGGAAGAUCAGCGGGACCAAAGCAGCGAAGCUCAAAGCCAGUUUCAGCCUCCUCCAUGACACCUUGAAAAGCUCUCAGCAGUCAGAGAUCCGGCUGCUGCAGGAGGCCAAGCAGUUCAGAGCAGAGCUGGAGCGCCAGCAGAGAGAUCUGGAGACGGCUGAGCAGUUCCCUGAGGGGCCGGACACAGAGGUCAGCCGCAUGAGACAGCAGCUCCUCAAGUUCCACAACGACCUGCAUCAGGCAGAGGAGAGGGACUACCAGAUGAACUACCAGCUAGAGUGUCUCACAGAAGAGAAGCUUUGCCUGGAGAAAGAGUAUGAGUCUCAACCCAAACCAGUUGAGCUGGAGAAGCGUGCGAAGGCCCUGAAGGACAGCAGUGAGGAGCUGAGGAAGGAGGUGUCUCAGAGGAGACAGGAGAUACACAGCCUGCUGGAGGACAUGGAGGCCAGACACAAACUGAUGACCAGGGAGCAGAGAGAACUGGACCACAAGAAGGACAGCAUAGUAAACAACCAGGCUGAGUUGGCCCAGCUUCUGUCUGUUCCUGGCCAGUUGGGGAAGGAGAUUGAGAGGAUCAACAGGAAAAAGAUGGAGGUUGAGAAAAGUAAGGCGGCCCUAGACGAGCAGCUGUCUGAGGUGGCGGCUCUGCAGAAGAGGACAGAGGCUCGCUGUCGCUCCCUGGAGGAGGAGAAGAGGGAGGUGAGGAGGCAGGUGGAGGGGCGCAGGGCACACCUGGAGGCUGCCGAGAGGGAACACAGCAUGCUGCAGAAAGAGCAGGAGAUGACCAAGGAGAAGGAGGUCAUUAUGAUGGGACAGAGAGGUAUGCUGGACAUCAAUACAGGCCACUGCAUCAUGGAAAGGAAGACCGCGCAUGAGAACCUGGCACAAAAGCAGCGUGAGAGGGACCGGCAGCUCAGAGAGCUGAAGAAGGUGGAGCUGCAGCUCAAACAGGCCCAGGACGCGCUGGUCUACACUCAGCUACUGCAUGACAAGACCAAGUCUACAGUUAGUUCACAGUUCACACACUAACACCAAACAGGCCCACAGUGUUCUGGUCCACACUCAGCUACUGCAUGACAAGACCAAGUCUACAGUUAGUUCACAGUUCACACACUAACACCAAACAGGCCCACAGUGUUCUGGUCCACACUCAGCUACUGCAUGACAAGACCAAGUCUAUAGUUAGUUCACAGUUCACACACUAACACCAAACAGGCCCACAGUGUUCUGGUCCACACUCAGCUACUGCAUGACAAGACCAAGUCUACAGUUAGUUCACAGUUCACACACUAACACCAAACAGGCCCACAGUGUUCUGGUCCACACUCAGCUACUGCAUGACAAGACCAAGUCUAUAGUUAGUUCACAGUUCACACACUAACACCAAACAGGCCCACAGUGUUCUGGUCCACACUCAGCUACUGCAUGACAAGACCAAGUCUACAGUUAGUUCACAGUUCACACACUAACACCAAACAGGCCCACAGUGUUCUGGUCCACACUCAGCUACUGCAUGACAAGACCAAGUCUACAGUUAGUUCACAGUUCACACACUAACACCAAACAGGCCCACAGUGUUCUGGUCCACACUCAGCUACUGCAUGACAAGACCAAGUCUACAGUUAGUUCACAGUUCACACACUAACACCAAACAGGCCCACAGUGUUCUGGUCCACACUCAGCUACUGCAUGACAAGACCAAGUCUACAGUUAGUUCACAGUUCACACACUAACACCAAACAGGCCCACAGUGUUCUGGUCCACACUCAGCUACUGCAUGACAAGACCAAGUCUACAGUUAGUUCACAGUUCACACACUAACACCAAACAGGCCCACAGUGUUCUGGUCCACACUCAGCUACUGCAUGACAAGACCAAGUCUACAGUUAGUUCACAGUUCACACACUAACACCAAACAGGCCCACAGUGUUCUGGUCCACACUCAGCUACUGCAUGACAAGACCAAGUCUAUAGUUAGUUCACAGUUCACACACUAACACCAAACAGGCCCACAGUGUUCUGGUCCACAGCUCUGCUGCACGACAAGUCAAUGGAGUUCACAGUUCACACACAGCUCCUGCACGACCUCCACUUUCAACAUGUAUGGACUCUGUAACGGUAUCUCUCUCUCACUUUAACAUUUGUUAUUUUAUAGAUUUUAAUUGGUUGACAUGUCAUC